AACAACCCCUCUUCGCUCGACCCCUUCCCGUCUAUAAAUAAUUUCCCCCCCUCGUCCAUCCUUCUUCGAUCUUCUCUCUCCGAGCUAGGGUUUUCGGAAUUUUUCAAAUUUUCCCCUCCAAAAUUCCUAACGGACGACCAAACGCUAGAUUUUCCUUCUAUUUCUCGAUCUCUUUGCCACGAACCCUAGAUUUUUUUUCCCCUCUUCCAGAGCUCAAUUGAGCUCCAAGGCUUCCGUCCUCUUCGAUUUCCAGCUGCCGAGAUCCAGGGCGGAACCGAUUUGUCUCCGCGCUAACCAACGGUGAGUCUUCGAGCAGUCCCAAGCUCGCCCAGCCUCUCCUCUCUCGCUCCCGUUUCAAAUGCUGUUGAAAUCUAGGGUUUUCCCAACGUUUCUCUCUCUACACGCGUGUUUCAGAUCGGGAGUGUUUUUGAGUUCUGAGAUCGCUGUUGAAGCUAGUGAAGCUCUGGAUUCGGGACCGAUGAUAGAUUAGUUGAAUAUGAGCGAUGGAGGCAGGGAAAGUGGAACGGACAACCAGACCAGCUCGAAGAAGAGUAAGGUAUCCGGAGGUGAUGAGUUUGGCCGUGCCAUUGCCAAGAUCGCCGUGACUCAGAUUUGUGGGUCGACUGGGUUCCAUAGCUCCCAUCCCUCUGCACUUGAUGCUCUCGCAGAUGUGGCGAUCCGGUACAUAUCUGAUCUAGGCAAAGCUGCAAACUUUUAUGCUAAUUUGUCUGGGAGGACGAGUAGCAAUGUGUUUGAUGUCAUUCAGGGGCUGGAGGAUUUGGGUUUGUCGCAAGGGUUUUCUGGUGCAUCCGACAUACACCGUUGCCUGGCAAGUUCAGGUGUUGUUCGAGAGAUCGGCCAGUUUGUGAACACGGCUGAGGAGGUACCAUUUGCUUGGCCUGUUCCCAGAUUCCCGAUUGCUCGGAUUCCCAAGCAGACUUCUAGCUUUGCUCAGAUCGGGGAGGCUCCUGCAGGGAACCACAUACCCAAUUGGCUGCCGGCAUUCCCUGAUCCACAUACUUAUAUCCACACGCCAGUUUGGAACGAGAGGGCUACGGACCUCCGGACAGAUAAAAUUGAACAAGCAAGGCAACGACGAAAGGCUGAGAGGUCUUUGCUAAGCUUACAGCAGCGGCUUGCUUGCAAUGCUACAGCUGAGUUUAUGCCUGCCAUUGAUGGUGAUGCCGGGAAGGGGAAGGAGAUUGUUACUAACAACCCUUUCCUCGCCCCACCUUUGCCAUAUGGGGAAAAAGAAGUGUCUGAAAUUGUUAUGCCAAAGGUGGAUGCCGAUGAGAAGAAGUUGUCAGUGCUUGAGACUUUUGCACCUGCCAUUGAGGCAGCAAAGAAUGGAUCUUUAACUUCAUUGAUUAGUGAGGAAAGGGUUCUUCCCAGUGAAAGGCCCAUGGUGCAUUUCAAGUUCGGAAUUCACAGCAAAUCCAUUGUGGCGCCAUUGUCUUCGAAAGCUCAGAAUGCUAAAACGGAUUCCUGGUUCCUCAGGGAUGAUGAGAAGGAUGACAAGAAGCGGAGAGCAGAGAUGAUCCUUAAAGAAGCUAUGGAAAACCCGCAGGAACUUGCUCAGUUGUAAAGUUACAUUGUAGAUGUGGAGUUCUGUCACUGUUGGCAUGGUGUAUCAAGAUGGGUGGAAAUGCUAUCUCGGGUUUCUGAUGGUUUGAUCCACACGAGAAACUUGAGGUUUAUUGAAGUUAUACUAUCUUGUUGAACUAUGGUCACAUCUUUCUGAUACAACAUCGUUCAACUUGCAAAAAACUCUGCUUCCUUAUAUGGGCAGAUUGGGAAUUUGGGAUUGAAGCUUCUCUCGCCAAAGUCAGAGAUCAGUAAAUAUGGCUUGAAUGUCUCAACAAGUUUCCCCUUUGGUAAGGACCAUCAUAACAGGCAGUCAUAUGGCAGCUGGAAUCAAUCUCUCUAUAUGCCCAGCAAGUUGAGAUAUGUCUCAACAAAGAAAAAGCCCCAGAUUGACUAGCUGUCAGGAUAAAUCACCCAAAAAGAUGCUUUCCUGCAUAAUCGUAACCAUGUAGCUUUGCCAACGUAUCUGUGGUUGGUUCUAUGAAUUCAUUACCAUACUUUGAUGCUCUAUAUGCUUGGCUGUUUAACAUCCAUCCUCCACCUUUUCCAUCUGGGUUUGGGACCAGAUCAGCAUCUGUAGCAUUUGCAGGAAUAUCUUAAGAAGAUGUUUGGAUGAUGGUGUCCGCAAGUGGGACUGUCUUUUCCAUGAUGGAUUGCAGAGAGCUGUUCCUCGUGUUAGAGGAUGUCUUUAGUGGAGGCUGACAGAAAGGAUGAAGGAUCAUAGCCUCUGAGAUAAUAUGGCAUGGUCAACUAGAGGGGCCUGGCACUCAAAGGCAAGACAACUUCUUGCGAGGCUCAGGACUUACCAUUAUGCAUCCAAUGUCGAAUCGCCGGCAAAUGCAUUCCAAUCAUUCAGUUUUGAAGUCAUGGACUGCAACCUGAUUCAUAUAUUCUUGGUUAUUGCUGCAUGGACAUGAUUGAUUCAGUAGUGCAGUGAGCGGCUACAAGGCAUUAGGAUGGAGUUAGUGCACUUGAUGAUAUGUUUGAGUAUUCUAGGUUUUUGGCACUAUUUUUUAAACAUAUAAUCUGCACCAUUAUUUUUGGGCCACGUGUACAUCAGAUUGCUAACCUGAGUUGCUAUUGCUAAUGAGGAUUAUAGAAUUUUAAUA